UGACGUCCCACCCUUGUACGGCAGAGAGUUCCGUGUUAUAAAGGGAAGAAUUUGGGGUGCGUAAUGGUCUUCGGUCGCUCAAAAUAAACGAUUGCAACGGUUGUUGGGACUGAAUAGUGACAACUGUUAGUGGGCUGAGCAAGAGGGACCCAGGCCAGAUCAGGUGUGGCAGUGGUGGUGGCAGCAGCCAUGGCUGAUGCGGAGAAGAUCAAGAAGACGACGGUGAAGGUCCUUGGCUACGUGGAGAAGGUCUCCUCCUUCGCCUCGUCCAUCGACCCGCUGUUCGGCAUCGUCAGCGCCCUGGUGGUCGUGGCCCGCAAGGGCCUGGAGGCGGGUGGUGAGAAGGCCCACGAGCUGGACGGGGACUUCCGGCAGGUCCACGGCAAGCUGGAGAGCAUCUCUGAGCGGAACCGGCAGGUGCUGCGGCAGAUCCGGAUCGACGAGGUCAACGAGACCUUCGGCAAGUACGAGGAGUACAUCAAGCACCAGUACACCGCCCUCGGCACCAUGGUGGACCUGAUUAAGAAGGACCCCGAGGGCACCAGCCGCCACAUGGCCGAAUUUGAGCGGGUCUACGAGCGGGACAAGUCCGACCUGAGCCUGGACGUCUACUACCGGGGCGUGAUGGGAACAGGCUCCCUUUUCGGGCGACCCCUGCUGAGGGUCUACCUGGAGCACUGCCAGGGCAGCCGGGCGGUGAUGGAGCGCCGCUGCUCGCACCUGGCUCACCUGUUCUACAUCGGCCUGAUGGCGCUCAUGGCCUACACCGCCGUCACCGAGGACGACGAGGACGAGGUCCGCGAGAAGUGGGAGCAGCGGGUGCUGGACAUCCAGGCCAAGAUGGAGGAGGCCCUGAGCCAGUGUAACAGCGACGGGGCGUCUGAGUAGGGGCAGCUGAGAGAUAUCUUCUGAGAGAUAGCACGAUAGCCACUUAUCCAUUUGAGAUUACCGGACAGGCACUUAAGCAGGAACCUGAUCAGCAGAUGAAAACAUUGUGUGCGUGUGUGUGUUAAUGGCCUUUAGCACUAGCUCUGCUCGAGUUCAGGUUUCCGACAGUGGAUAUAAGGAGCUAUUGUGUUGUCAUAUAUACAUUUCCGGGAGAGAACCCCCCCCCCCCCCCGCCCCCCCUUCUUUCAGAGAUGAGGUUCAGAUGAACCAAAGAGAGAAGAAAGAAUGAAACCAAAGACACUCAAUUCUUGGGUGACUGAUUCCAUAUUAAUACAAGGUCCAAACUGUUGCAAUUUUUCUGAUAUAUUUAUAUAUACAUAUAUAGCACUUCUGUAAAAUUUUAAGAUCUGGUUUCACAGACACAGAUUAAGUUUAGUCAUGGAAUAAACAGAGUUUUGUAUGGAGAAUCUCAAAAUUGAAUUUAGUCUGAUUAGGCUUAAUCUGUAUCUGAAACUGGCCCUACAUUUCUGUUCCGAUGCUGUGUUGCAGCACUGAUUAGAUGUUUUUCCUGUAAGUCAGUAUACUGAAUGUUAUAUUGUUAUACGAAUGUUAUACGAAUGUUAUCGUUUAUGACCUCUUUGGUUUUCGUUGUGUCUCUUCUGGUAUCGACACUGUUGUUUGGAGUUUUUCCUCUUUUUGUAUACAUAAUAAACCAGAACGGAAUACAGUGUCCUAAGGCUCCCUCUUGUUUGUUACAUCGUGAAAAUUAAUUUUGUUUCAAAGACCUUUUUUUUGUGUGUGACCUUUUGUGUGAGCCUCACAAAAAUUCCUGAAAUACCCUGUAUAUAAGUGGAUAAAAAUAAAGAUUUUAAUGUGGUUCA